CAGACGCAGGCUGGAAACGUGCAAACUCCAUAGGGACAGUCGCCCCUGAGGCUGGAAUUGAACCCGGGUCCCUUGGCGCUGUGACCACUGAGCAACCCCUUAUAAUCCGCCUGCGUUAAGAUCCUUUUGUCACCUGGAUGAAUGUUACAGGGGGGAGCGGGGUUUAAGUCUUCUCUGAGCUGAGAGAGGACACAGGAGAUGCUCCUCAUCAUGCUUUCAUGUGUCACGUUGUAUAAUUCUUAGAUUUUACAUGUAAAUGUCUAGUUGGGGUUCGAAUUCUUGUAAAUAUAGACAAACCGAAAGACUUGUUGAGACAUUUCACCAACCCCCAAGUAGGCAAUUGACAUGCCCGCCCCUGAAAAGAGAACCUUUCGUGGGGUCAGAGUUGACAUUGAGAAUAGCGAAAUGAACACUGUCCCCGUCGUGUUUGUAUUUUUGCUGACAGAAGGGCAGUUUGCAGUCAGCAGGCACUGUGGGACUACAGGCUGCGGGCCAGGUCUGCGCUCGGGAGCGUAAAUCCCAACGGGAACCAGAGGCGUUGCUAACGUUUACGCCAGCUGAGCUUAGCAAGAAAAGGCUGCGACCCUGUGCUUGAACUGAUCAGCCGAAACUUUGGGCGUAGCCAAGGAGAUCUGAAGGCGAAGCUCACGGGAGGGUCUCCUUUCUCAAAAAAACCAGAAAACAUGAGGGAUACCAGGAAGAAUUCCGCUGAAUUCCAGAGAGCUGUGGCAUGCUGUUGAUUUGGAUCUGAGGAUGGAAGUUUCAAAAUCAACAGAUGAAGGCCUUAUGCCCAAAACGUCGACUCUCCUGCUCCUCGGAUGCUGCCUGACCUGCUGUGCUUUUCCAGCACUGCACUUACUGAUUCUGACACUCCAGCAUCUGCAGUCCUUACUUUGACAUCCAUGUCUGACAGUCAUUCAAUCCAAUCCAUCGGGACCGCAACAGUUUGCAACUAUGAUUCUGUGAGGAGCAAAGCUGUUUGGUUCCUAUUUGGGUACGUUUUCAGCGUCAGUGGGACUGGAUGAGAGACCCUACAGUUGUAAUGCACUGAGUGAGGAGCGUGUAACAGCUAUACGGUUUGGAAAGAGGAAUUCAUGGUGGAGAGAAGCUCCACAUGCGUUUGUGUGCGGCUGAAGCUUCGGCCGUGGAGAAACCCGAGGAAUCCCGCCCCGUGGAGAAACCAUGGAAGUGUGGCGACUGUGGGAAAGGCUUGUUUCCCGUCUGCCCUGGAGACUCAUUGGCGCAGUCACACUGGGGAGAGGCCGUUCCCCUGCCCUGACUGCGGGAAGGGCUUCAGCGAUUCCUCCAACUUUCGGAUCCACCAGUUGAUCCACAUGGGGGAGAGGCCCUUAAGUUGCCCCGAGUGCGGGAAGGCCUUUACCCAGGCCACCUCCUUGCUGACCUACCAGCGGGAUCAGGUGGCAUUGCAGGGGGAUUGAAAGAAAGACGGCCGAGUGCCUUUACCAACUGGACUAUCAACCCAGUUCCAGUGACUCCCGAGUUCGAUUCCCACAACAGAUGGCGGAAUUGGAAUUUGGUCAGAAAUUUGGAGUUCAGAAUCUAAUGGUGAAACCAUUGUCGGUGGGAUGGGGGUGGAAGAAAACCCCCAUCUGAUUCACUCAGUUCUUUUUUAGGGAAGACUUGAGCGGUUAUUAGAGCAGUCGUCCCAGCUGCAUCCUUUACGAGGUCUGGCCUACACGUGACUCCAGACCCACAAUAGUCUGGUUGACUCUACGCUGCUCAUCCAACUUACUUGGAUACAGGUUGAAAUUGCUGAGUGAGGCAAUACUUCCUCCAGGUUAAGGCGAUAUCAAGGAUCCAAUUACAAAGGGACAACUCAGUGGUGACCAAUAAUGAAGAAAGUGAGGGUUGCACUUUGACCUUGAGCUGUUUUUAAAAAGUUGCUACUUUUUCUACGCCUUUCUGCUGGGAGAUUCUGAAGCUGAAACAAAGUUGGGUCACAAUAAAGAUUACCUGAACUUCACACUGAGCUCAGACUCUCAAUGAGAGCUUUAAACUGCAACAGAUUUUUGGUUUAAAACUGCUGAUUUCUUACAGGAGAAAGUGAGAACUGCAGAUGCUGGAGAUCAGGGUCAAGA